GACGACUCGACCUUGCGGGCAAUACGGAUCAAAUGGACUCUACUGAGCUUUUUACAAGCGGUAGAAAAAUAUCGAAUGACUUGCUUCAACUGGUUGUCCUCUUUCAACUCAGGCAAUCGCCGAAUUAUCGGCAUUUGGUCGCAGAAGAACAGCGAUUCCAGCUGUGGGCGCACAGUCUUGGGUUAUAUCAGCAAGGACAUGCAUCUCUGGAUUACCGGGUUCGGGAUGCUGAAAUCGUCAAGUCCGGAUUCGCCCGCAUCCUUGAAGAACUUCAAACACAUAUAGAGAAUCUUCUCGCGAUAGAACAUCGAAUUCCGAGAGAGAUAACUCCCCAGAAGCUAGUGAAUUAUCCUCUCCAAGCGAUAACAGUUCGUUCCAUGAGGUUGAUUUCCGACUUAAUGGCCUGAAUGACGCUAUCACGACGCUUUAUAGCCUUGCAGACAAGAUCAGAAGCUCACUUCAUCGGCCACAACGCAACAUACAUCAGCUAUACAAGC